AUGUCUCGCUCUUUACAAAGUCUAUCUAGACCUGUAUUGAGACAAAAUACAGUGCUCACACAAAAAUGUCAUCCGGUCACAAGACACUUUCAAACGACAAGCAUCACCACAAUCACACAACAAAGUCAUCACUCGACCCAACCACAUCCGCCACCUCCGUACGCUCUAGCAUGGCAAGUACCGUCAAAUGAAGGUAAAGGAUCAAAUGCCGGCUUCUUUACACCUUCUCCAGCACCACAAAGAUCCAAUUCAUCUUCACCCCGGAACAAUGGCGAAAAGGAUCGAGAAGUGAGCGAACAUGAAUUUCAACUUAGGGUAGGAAGAGCGUAUGAUCUUUUACGUGCAACUAUUCCGGAUUUCAUGAGGAUAGGGUUGGUGGAUUAUGAUCAAUAUUCGUCGCACGACAAACAAUCUUCCUCAAAGAUGUCUUUGUUGGAUGCUUUGAUGUUUAGAAGUUUACGUGAAAGAGCGGCAGAAGAUGGUUUAUUAGGAGGACUAACAGGUGUAACAUCCGGUGGAGACAAAAAUUCACUCUCGGGCGAUCUGGCCGCUUCAGGAGAUCAACAGGUGUAUCACUCCAAUAUACACUUUCGAUUUUGUCCUGUUGGUUCAAGUGCGGAUGCCAAUUUGACAGACGAAGAAGCUGCUUCUCUUUCAUUCACAGGAAGAAGUUUGUAUUUCGCAAGUGCACAGGUUUUACGUCAUACGCUCAACGUCUUAUUCACAAACACACAAGUUUCAAUCGAAAGUAUUCGUCGUGAGAAGAAAGGAGCAAAUUCACGUAAAGAACAACAAAGUGCUUCAGAAGGUCUAUCAAGCAACCUUUCACGAGAAGAAACGAUCUACUUGCGUGUUCAGUUCCUUGGUCAUUUACGGGUAACAGGAGCAGAACAUAGAUAUACGCUCAUCUUUCGAUAUGAAUUUGAUCCGAAAACCGGUAGAAUUUUGAAUCAUACUGUCGAACGAAUCGAACCUGCAAUAGGAAGAAAACUUUGGUUUGGCCUUGCUUCUGUUUGGCAAAGGAUAACGGGUACACAACAACAACAACAUCAUCCUGUUCCGACUGCUAUUCAUGCUCAUUGUUCAUCACACGAUGGCAUGACGAGAAGCCGAAUUGAUCGUAUUCGCAACGGCAAGACUGCUUGA